AUGGACACCCGCGUGGUCCGGUCGGAGAGGGACUGCGUGCUCGCCUGCUGCUCAGAGGACGUGAAGCCAGGCGCCAAAUGCAACAUGGCCGUGUUCAACGGCAACAAACACGCCGGGGACGAUAACUGCUUCCUGUUCCACUGCCAGGCGGAGCAGGACUGCCCCUUAAUGAAGGCCCAGGACGGCAUCAACACCUACGACAUCUACAAGGGUUUGAUUCAUCCGACCACAGUCAGACCUUUGACCGUGAUGUUCACCACGGAACAAACCACCACCACCUCCGCCACACCGACGACUCUAUCAGCGGUCAUCGUCCCCAAAGGCGCCGUCCAGUCCGACCUGUCCGACCAGUCCGACCUGUCCGACCAGUCCGACCUGUCCGACCAGUCCGUUCAGUCCAACCAGUCCGUCCAGUCCGACCAGUCCGUUCAGUCCGUUCAGUCCGUUCAGUCCGUUCAGUCCGACCAGUCCGUUCAGUCCGUUCAGUCCGUUCAGUCCGACCAGUCCGUUCAGUCCGUUCAGUCCGUUCAGUCCGUUCAGUCCGACCGGUCCGACCAGUCCGACCAGUCCGACCAGUCCGUCCAGUCCGACCAGUCCGACCUGUCCGUCCAGUCCCACCAGUCCGUCCAGUCCGUCCAGUCCCACCAGUCCGUCCAGUCCGUCCAGUCCCACCAGUCCGUACAGUCCGCCCUCCAGAACUCAAGCGUCGGCCGGGGGAAGCCGGCGUUGGCGGUGGCCUCGCGGGGGGCGGUGAAGAGCGGCGUGGUGGCGUUCAUGGUGUUGGGGCUCGCCGUACUCACGCUGGCUCUGGCUGUCGGCGGCCGGAAGGCGAUGGAGUCCUUCGACAGGCGGCACUACACGAGACUGGAGCUCAACGACCUUCACUACGAGGUGUGA